AUGGGCACCGGGAUGUGCUCGCGGCGGCAGAAGGGGCUCCUGCAGACCGGGUUCUGCCUGCUGGCCCUGGCCUGCCUGGGCUCGGGGGGGUUCCUCUACAGCCACCUGCAGCAGAAGGUGCGGAACGCCGAAGCCCUGGCGCAGAAAUACAAACAGCAGCAGGAAGCGCUGUCAGCCCAGCUCCAGGUUGUGUACGAGCACAGAUCCCGGCUAGAACGGUCCUUGCAGAAGGAGCGAGGGGAGCACAAGAAGACAAAGGAAGAUUUUUUAGUGUACAAGUUAGAAGCUCAGGAAGCUCUCAACAAGGAGAAGCAAGACUCUAUGAACAGAUACGGGGCGCUCAGUUCCCAGCACAAGAUCCUGAAGAACCAGCAUGAAGAUGUCAAGAAGCAGCUGCUUGACCUGCAGCUGCAGCACAACAGCUUGAAACUGGAACAUCGGAAGACACUAGAGACCCACAGCCAGAAAUACGCCCAGCUGCAGCAGGAGAAGGACAGCGAAGUCGCAAACCUGCAGGAUACAGUCUUUAAACUCAGAGAAGAGAGCAAGCUCCUUCGCAAGGCUCACCAGGAUGUUCACUCUCAGCUCCUUAAUGCCCAGGCCCAGAUGGAAGAGUUCAGGCAGCUCAAGGAAGCUCUCCAGAAGAUGCCAAGCUUCAAAGGAGGAGGAGCAGGGAAGGGGCAGCAGCAGGUCCAGGUGCCGAAGGAGCAGCCUGUGGUGCCGGCCAACAGCCAGCUGCAGCUCAUGAGGCAGAAGGCUUUCCCAGUCAGCCAGGAGAAUCACCCUGCUGGGAACCCACUGGCGUCCCAAGUCUCCAGGGUUCAGAAGCCGGUGGAUGGGGCUCUGCUGCAGGGCCAGCACUUGUAUGGUAAUGAUGGCCCAAGGCCACAGGCUCACAUGCUCUUCACCCAUCCAGCCCCACCUCAAGAUGCCAACUCACUGCCGGGUGCUGUGCCCGCCUGGCCAGCACGACAUGGGGACGGGCACGUGGUCCGGUUCACCCGCACCAUGAACAGUCUGCCCAAUGGUAACCCGGAUCUAAAGAUGGUGAUGCGCAUUCAGGUGAGGAGCAAUGAGGAAAGCCAGGCUCCUGGGUUGUCCCUGUCUGCUCUGAAACAACCCUCUGCAGCAGAAAAACCUCCGGUGCCAGACAACCACCACUCUGCUGGGAGCAAACAGGCGCAAGUGCAAAGCUGGAAGGACAUAGUUAACAGAGUGAAUGCCCAGAUGGAUGAAGAACAAGCACAUGGUUACUCCAAGAGCCUUAGUUUUGAUCCCAAGCCUGGGCAGGAGAUCCAGAAAGGCAGCCCACAGCCACCCGAGCAGAAGAGAGGGGAAGAACAUCAGAUAGCUGAUCAGGAAGGCGAGAAGGGAAGGACAGAUGAUGAGGAACUCGAAAUGGAUGCAGGAGUGAUUGAGAGAGAGGAGAACUUGCAUUCUCAAAAAGAGACUGUUGCCCAGGAACCAAUGGUGCCAGAUGAUGCUGCAGAUCCUGCCCAGGAUCCCAACAAUCAAGGUGAGGACGAGUUUGAGGAAGCUGUGCUAGAGAGACCUGACUUUGAAGAGAAGAGUGCUGGCAGACCUGCCAAGCCCAGGGAGGACCCGAUGGAUAACUAUCAAGAAGAUCAGGAGCAAGAAAUUGAGGAUCAUGGAGGUGAGGUGGAUGACAAUGACGACCUGGAACUUGUCCAAGACCAGAAGGACCAUGCAGGCUUACAGGGAGCUGAUGGCAAGAAGGAUGACUACUACUGA